GGCAGUGUUCUAUCCCUAGACAAAAACACUCCUGUGAUUGUGCGCUUGUGGAUGCUCAGGCAAUCAGCUGAUCAUGGAACAAGCUCGAUCUUAAAUUUGAUGUUUAUUUUCCGCCCUUUCGUUCGUGAAACAUUGUUGAUCCAUCUUGACAGCUAAUCUGCUUUAGUUAUGGCUGCCUCGUUUGCCCCUUUCCCUUUACUGAGGAGCACAUAUGGGAAUGCCCAACAUGGGCACAGGAGGGCCUCCUCCCUGGGCAAUCUGUCGGGCAGCCUUGACGCAUUGCCCCGAAGCACCUGGAUGAAGAGAGGACCUUGUGUGCCUUACCAGCACCAGAGAACAGAGGCUCUGAGAGUGCUGAACAGUGAGGAGGAUGGAGCCAGUGGUGAGGACUGGCAUGACAGAACGCCCAUGCCCAUGUUGCUUGGCUAUGACGUGAUGGAGGAAAGGGCAAAGUUUACGGUUUACAAGAUCCUGGUACGGAGAGCACCUGAUGAGAGCUGGGUCAUUUUUAGACGAUACACUGACUUCUGCAGACUAAACGACAAGCUCAGAGAGUUGUUUCCCAAAUUCAGACUUGAUCUGCCACCGAAGCGUUGGUUCAAAGACAACUAUGACAUGGACUUCCUGGAGGCAAGACGGCUAGGACUGCAGGCUUUCCUGCAGAACAUGGUCACCCUUAAGGACAUCGUCAGCAGUGAUGUCGUAAGGGGAUUCCUGUGCUUGGAUGACCCACCUGGUCCAUUUGAUAGUCUCGAAGAGAGUAGGGCCUACUGUGAGACUCUGGAGGAAACGAAUCAUCGGCUGCAGAGGGAGCUGCUGGAAAAGCAAAGAGAAAUUGAGUCUCUGAAGAGAAUCUUGGAGGACCGUGAGCUCCAAAUAAACAAGCUGGAGCAAACAAAAAAUGGUGUAGCCAGCAGCCAGGGUGAUGGAGGCAGUCUCCGACUGGUGUGCAGCGAGAGCUGUGUCAGCGCCAGGACAUCGACAGACACCGACUCAGCGCUGAUGUUUAAAGCGGCAAGCACGGACUAUGUGAGGAACACAGGAAACAGUUUUGAGGUCCUUUUGCCAAAGAGAAGCUAUGGUGCUUGCUGGAGCAUGCCACCUCAAGAGGAACAAGAGUGUGUCAGGUUCCACACAUCAGCAAUUCUUGAAGACCAGGUUUAGAACAUGUGUCUACAUUGGAGUUUUUAUCUUCUUGGAUUGAGUUUAGAGGUUCAACAAUUGUACAACAUGUGACACUAAAGUGAUCUGUGAUACUUUAGAGGCAGCGAUCGUAUCUCAGGUCUCAGUGAAAACAUGCAACAGUGUGAUUAUUCAUUAUGAAUAGAGGAGUAUCAUUUCAACUUCAUUACAAAUACAUGUUGAAGUCUCAAAUAUUUCAGAAUGCAGUUUGGAAAAGUGAAUGCAGUGCCUUUUCAUCCCACAUUCCCCAUAAGUCAAGCUGCAAUUUGUGGUGUAUGAGUUUGCUUUGAUGUAUAAAUACACAAAGUCAUGUCAUCAGCUUUAUUGACGAAAAAAAUCAAACAAUCAUAUGUAAUGAAUAAUUGAAGAACUCCUUUGUACUCUACUUUGUGAAUCACUUGACUGAAUGAGGAAUGACUAUGGUGUACGUGUUUGAGAUUGAUGUUUCAUGUACUGAACGUGCAUCUAAUAUAGUCAGUACUGUGCAUUUCUACACGCUCAUGAUGGAAUGAUGCAUCAUAUUUGCCCUGUAGUUUUACCGUUUGUGUGUGUGUUCAGGCCAUUUUACACCAGAAAUCGUCAGGCAAGCGCUGCAAGUCACUCCGCGACGCUUGCCGUUUCACACCGGGCUCGCGGCAAUCCACGUCUAUACAAUGAACAUAUUGCUGUAAUCACAACUGUAUUUGGGAUGAGCUUUACAAUAGCCUGCUCACGUGGGAACGAUAAUAAAACAGUGACUGUGAUUGCG